AUGGGAGAAGUUAUAUCCACAAUUGACUCGCAAUUUAAUGAUUUACCAUCACCAAAUCAACCAAAUCUUACACACCAAGCCCCAUUUAUAGCAGAAAAAUCAGAUAUUGACCUAUUUUUACCAUUGAAAAAUGCCGAAGAUACAGAUAAAAAUACCGAAAGAAAAGGAUCUAAUGAAGAAACGUUCACCCAAGAGACAUUAAUUAAACAAGUGCGAACACAUUUAUUUACGUUAACUAAUCUACAAGAGUUUAAUGUAGUGGAUGCACGUAUAACAACAAUAAUUCAACAAACUGUUACUACUAUUGAUAGUACAAAUACUAUUACUAAUAAUACAUAUCAGGCCAUUUUGGAUAAGCAGAAACAAUUACAGCUAGCGUAUACCGCCAAGCUAAAGGAUGACAAAUUGGAGAUGCAAACAGUAAGUUCUUCAGUGUUUGAACGUCUGUUCGUGGAUAGUAAGAUACACAUUAACUCAGGCAAUGACAAAGAAACAUCAAAAGACAAUUUACUUAAACAUCAGACGCAGCAACCAUCAGAUAUAGUGUUAAAACCGUUCUUAUCAAUACUACUUGUAUUAGUUAAAUCUGUACAGAAAACAGAUUCUGGCAUUGUCUAUCAAAUACUAGCAAUCACGAAACAGUUUAUAGAACAAAUACCUGUCAAGUAUUUCGCUAUAGACGAUUUUAAAGAAACAAAUUUCAUUACAUUAUUGAAACCACUAUCAACCUAUGUAAGAGAGUUAUCUGUACAAACAAUUGAUGUAAAUGUAGCGAAACAAGCUACUGAAAUAUUACUGAGCACUGCUAUAGCUAAAGCAUCAUUAAUGGACUUAUUACCUUUAUUACCAAAACUAAUAUUUAACACAGAUAACAUAACUGUUGAUAAUGUUCAUAGUUUAGUUUUAAGAUUGAAUGAAGUUCUGUCAUCCACUGUAGAUGAAGAAAUCUUAAAGAAAUUACGUACGGAACUGAAUAAGGAAAAUAACGAACCCAUACCACAAGAAACAAUGACUAUUACCACCGACACACAAGAAGAACACUUAGAAAUCUCUAAUCCGUUGGAGCAUACAGAAGAGGAAAAUCAAGAACAAACAAAAUUUAGAAAAAUCAUAACUAAAAUACAUGCACAAAGAGAAACACAAACAGAUGUAUGUACUUGUUUUGAAGCAAAUCCAUUAGAGUAUUUAAAAGCUCUGAACUUAUUAGCAAUCGACAAAGGUCUAAUGGCAUUAGAUGAGAGUCAAGUCCCUACAACAUUCCUAGCAUCAGUGUUAUUAGCAUACAUAGAUUUACAUAAUGAACUUAAAUCAACAUCUACUUGGGAAACUGGAUCAGUAGACAAUUCAUUUUCAUUUUCAUUUCAUCCAAAUACAUUUAGGCAAUUAUUUAAUAUUAUAAAGAAUUUGAGUUUUAUACAAUUAUCAGGCUGUACAGCGUACAUUCUCGUUGCUUGUUUAAGAUUAUUUACGACACAUUUAAAAUUUUUAAUCAAAUCAGAUCUCGAUACUACUGAAUUUAUUUCAGAUACAGAAUUACAACAAUGGAAAGAAUUUAUGUUACGAUUGAUUACAGAAAAUGAUAUUAAAAUAGUUGAUAAUAAUCAACUAUCUGUUAAAAUUCUUACAACUGUACGUACAGAAGCUUCCAAAGCAUUUAUUUAUUUACUUGAAAAGUUAACGCCAUUAAACGAUAAACUUCAAUUUAUUUACAAUUUUAUAGUGGAUAAUAAACAUCCAAUUUUAAUUCAAUAUUUCUUAAUUUAUCUACAUGAUCAUGUAACUUUAAAAAAAUGGAUUGAGUUAUUAUCGAAUGGUGAAUUAAAACAAGAAAAACAUAUUGAAAAAAGAAAAGAGGAAUCAAUUCGUAUACAAACUCAACAAAGUACAUUAACAUUAUUAUAUUCAUAUAUUGAUAUUUGCUUGCAGCCAAACCAUAUUCAAGAACAAAAAACAGUUAAAGGUGAAAAAGUGACAUUACAUCAGGUGUUUCUAUUAUUUCAAGAGUUAUUAUUCGUUGCACUCAACAAUGAAUUAACUUCUGUAUCUGUUGAUACAGAUGAUAUAGUUGAUAUUGAUUUACUGCCAGUCUCCGUACUAGUCAUAAAUUACGUUACACGAAUAUUAACUAUAAGUACAGAAACUACAAUUGUGUGUAAUUUAUUGCAACCAAUACUAAUUGGUUUAUGCGUAUUAACACAUACAAAGUUCAAUUUUACAGUUAUUCAACCAAUAUUUACAGCUAUUUCACCAUUAUUAGUUGAAUAUUUACUAUGCAGUGCAAAUACGAAUAAUACAAAUACAUAUAUAACUUCUUGGUUAUUAGGCAAAAUCAGUAAUAUGAUGUUGAAUGGUAAGAAAAUACAUACAUUAGAAAAGAAACAUUUUCAUACAUUGAAUUGGCCAUUAUUUGGUGGUGGUAAUGAAAUAACGUCAAAUAAUAAUAAACACAUCGUCGAUUUAUUACAAUCGAAUCUAAGCAAAUAUUUACAAAUUGAAUUGCCUGCAUUACAACCAACGAAUAAAAGUGAUAUUGAUUUUUUAAUGUCAAUUUACAACAACGUUAACGAUGGUGCUCAAUUAUUGUUAAGAUUAAAAAUCUUUGUUAAAAAUAAACAACAAUUACAAACAUCGAUUGUAACAGAAGCAAAUGAAGCUACUGCAGCGUUAUUUGCUGUUUAUGUAAAACAUUAUCGACGAAUAGAAUUAGCUAAAGAUGAAUGUCGGAUAGAUACACACGUUAAACCUAAUAGUAAAUUAAUUUCUCUUUAUCAAUAUGCCAUUCAGAUUCAAACAUUAUUUGCUACAACAAAAGCUCAAGGUGGUGAUUGUAAUGAGCUCUAUAUGAAAAUUAAAAGUAACACGGCGUUUUUAUUAUCAUCCAUUAAAGAAAAUCAUUUUAUACCGUUAAUUAAUGAUAUGAAUUCAAUCACAAGUGUAAAUGACGAAUUGAGUUCAACACCAGGAACUUCUACUUCUAAUUCAGGUCUAACACCGAGAAUUAUGUUUAAACGACAAAUUUCUAGAUGGACAAAAGCAAAAUCCAUAUUGAGACUACUUCGUAACACAAUGACAGCCAUUAUUCGAUUGAAAAAAUUGAUGUUAGCACGUAAACAAGGAGUAAAACAAAAACAAGACAAUGAAAGCAUACUAAGUAGAAAUAUUAACACAUUUAUUUAUGAAUAUAAAAAUAUAUCAAUAAUAGAACAAAAAUUAGAAGCAGACGAAUUACUUGAAUGUAUGGAAAAACAAUAUGAACGUGCAAUUACAAGACUAAUUGGAUACAAAUUUAUUGAAAGAUUUAUGAAAAAAGUAUUGAAAAUUGAAAAUAAUCGAAUGUAUACGAUUCUAUCUGCCUAUCUACCACAUUUAAGUCAUAUAAAUGUAGAUUGGCACUACUUACAAAAUAUUGAAACCUCAAAUGUAUUGUUGAAACAAAAAAUUGAAAAGACAUAUUAUUCAAUUAUCAAUGAAAAUAUACAAUUCGUAUCACCAUGUCUAUCCACAUCAGCACUAUCAAGAAUAUUAAUAUUAUAUUCAUUUAAUUUACUUAAUUUAUCGUAUAAAUCUAGCGAUCUAUCUCAGAUCUCUAAAACUCGAUUAAUCAAAUAUGUAUUUAAGUUUUUCAGUUUUAUUCAGAAUAAUGAUGUUACUUGGGAUAUUAAACUUACUUCAUUCAAUUGGUUUAGAAUGUUAAUAUUUCAACUAUCCGAUAUUAUGGUAAUGGAAGAAAAAAAUCAUACUAGUGUUAUUCCUGCAUUACAACGAUUACAUGACCAUAUAUUUCACAAAUUGAUAUUAAAUGAAUUACACGACUUAAGAAAGUUAAAACAGUCCACUUUAAAUAUAGAUACUAGCAGUACAAUGCAUGAAAAUAGUCAUUUACAGGAUGCUGAGUUAGGCUGGUUUAAUGCAAACAAAUCGGCUAUCACUGUUCAUGAUACAACAAUACCAAACCAAUCACAAACAGAGAUUGACAUCUAUACAAAUCAGUUGCUAGUACUCUUACUUAGAUGUGUACAUUUGUAUACUCAUGUCCGAUAUAGUUGCUCAACAUCUGCCUAUAUUCAAGAAUUACUUUAUAUUUAUAGUAAUAGUCUUAACAGUGUUAGUAUUACACUUUCAUUGAAACUAUUACGUGAAUUACUCAGUUUAUUGCCUCCAGAUAAUCAUUUAACAUUUACAUUGAAACCACAUGAAACAGUGAAUGUAAAGGAAUUAUUACUAACAUUUUUAUUCACUAUUGGUGCUAGUUGUUUCCAAAUAUGUGAUAAUAACAUUAAAAUUGAUUCAGGUACAGUAACAGAGUUAAUAUAUGUAUAUAGAACACUAAUGUCGGCACGUUCAUCGUGGCAAAUGUUAGCAAUACAAUUAAUCGUGAAUGUUAUCAAAUCAAGUAUAACAUUGAUUGAAUCGAUUAAAACAGUAAAAUCUAGCGAAUUAAAUUAUUUUUUAGCAUCUUUAUGUGUACUAGGCGGUCAUGUUCAGUCUUAUCAUGAAGGAUGUAUAGUACAUGUCUAUGAAAAUAUGAAUAAUGAUAAAUAUAAAACUGCAGUCAUUAUGUAUAUUAAUACUCAUUGUCAAGAUUCGAAUACACCUAAUCCAUCACCCUAUUUGAUUCAAUAUCCAAUAACAAAUAAAACCGAAUGGAUUACUGCAGAUAAAUUAUGUGUAGAAACAUCAGUUCCUGUACCUAAUUUAUUACCUUUAUCAACGAUUUUAGCCCAUACAGACACUGCUACAUUUAAGAACGCAGAAACAAACGCAUAUAUAUUAACCAAUAUAUUGGGUUUAAUCAUAAAGACAUACACAGUGACAACUGAUGAUUUAACAUUACUACAAAUUAGACGUCGUUGUGUUGCAGCAUUGUCACAUAUAUUAAAUAACAAAAUAUCGAUAGAAGUAUUUAUCAGUAAACGAUAUGCACCUGUUGUUGCACAGUUGGCAUUAUCAGGUUAUAUGAACAUUGAUUCCAAUAGUGCUAUGCUUUCUGAUUUACGCUUGAUGAACAAAAUACAUUGGGAACAGUACAGUUUAAGUCUAGACACGUGUGUAAGACUGAAUCAAGUGCUGGACAAUGACGCAAAAACAGUCGACAUUGAUGGUGAUAAAAAUGCUACUGCUGAUACAGUAGUCGAUUCACAUGACUCACCAAUUGCAACAGAGCUAAUUGAAUCCAAUUGUCGAGUGUGGAAUCGAGACAUAGAUGAUUUUGUAUAUAAUCCGUUAGUGUACGAAACUGUAUCCAUUAAUUCAGAUAAAUACCAUGGUUGGAAAAAAUAUGCAACUGCAGCACAGAUACAAAUAUUUAAACAUGGCAGCAUUGGAAGUGAUGAAAUCAGAAUUGUAUCAUUUCCGGGUGAAAAUAAUGGGAAAAUAUCUGAAUGUGGUAAUAAACAUAAAUUUAAUGGUAAAAUUACUGGAAGUGGAAAAUUCGCUACAUAUUUAGUUGAAGAUGUCCGAUUAAAUAAAGGUAAUUGGUAUUAUUGUGUUAUGUUGAAUAGCAGUGAAAAAUAUACUCAAGUAGGUUGGGCAACUGAAGUUUUCGUUCCCGAUUCAGAAAAUAAUCUUGGUGUCGGUGAUGACGAGUAUUCAUGGUCUUACGAUGGUUCAUGCGGUACUUUAUGUCAUAAUAAAGAAGAACGUUUUGCAGAGUCUAUUGAAUGGGCAUCGGGUGAUGUUUGUGGAUGCGGAAUUGAGAUUGAUGGAGAAAAUACAGUAAUUAAGUAUUGGUUAAAUGGUGAAUUCUUGGGUACUGCAUUUUCCAGUAUAUCAAACACUAAUAUAAAGUCUGUAUUUCCAUGUUCUUCAAUGUUACCGGAUGAAAAACAUACAACAUUCUUUCCCGCUUUAACUGUCGGCAAUGGCUGUUGUGAAUUUAUAUUUAGUCCUGAGGACAUGGAAAAAUGUCCAUUGCCAGAAGGCUAUAAGCCAUUAUUAAUUCCGUCAUUAAUUAAUACAGAAAAUACAUUAGUAGCUUAUCCAUACAAUGCAUAUCUAGUUGGUGAUCAACCCAUAAAUUAUUUCCAUACUCUGCGUCAACAAUCUGAUUUAGCACAUCAGUUUCUACGUGAUUUUGUAAAUGGCGAACAUAUUGAAACCACGUCAACAUUAGAAGAUAUUAAUAUGGAACAACAAUUAAAAGUGCCAAAUACUGGUAUUUCUUUAUCUAUUGACACUAAUAUUGAUAACAAAACAUUAACUGCAUUUACAAUUAGCUUUGAUUUUGAAUUUGCAACUAUAUCUGAAAUGAAUGUUGAUGAACGUAUUGUUAAGUUACUAACAUUAGACACCGAAUCAUACACAAUACCAAUGACGUUGAACGAAUCAAAGGAAGAAAAUGAUAUAACAUAUAAAAAUAAAAAUAUCUAUCAUGUUUGUAUGAUAUUUCAGUUAGAACAACGACUAAAAAUCUAUGUAAAUAAUGACUGUAGAAUACUUCCCUGUACUGCAUUUGAUAUCAGGAAAAAGAGUCUGAACAUAUGUAUAUUACCUGAAUUGGCGGGUGUGAUUAAAAAUAUUGGUAUAUGGAGAUAUGCAUUGAGUGAGCAACACAUUCAAAGAUUAUUCACUUACAGUUUAUUCUAUGUUACAGUUGAUUAUCAGUUAUUGCAACAACAUAAAAGGCAAAGCAAUACAAUAAAUUUUAAACAACCACAGUUUCCACGUGAAUUAUUACCGUUUACUGGGCCAUUUGAUCUUGAAAUGUGGGAUAAAAAAAAGAGGAGUAUUGAUACGUAUGAAUUCAAAUAUUUCAGACUAUUAACUACCAAUACUGUUGCAGAUACUGAAUAUGCAAUACAACUAUUUGGAAAUAAUAGUUAUUUAGUAUUAGAUAAAUCACCUGUUGAUGAUUGCUUAAACGUAAACGAAAGAACUGACACGAAAUUUGCACCAAAAUUACUAUGUAUAUGGACAGAAUACACAAUUGUUAUGGACAUCAAAAUACCAAGUUCAUCUAUAAACGAAAGAACAAUAAUUGAAAUAGAUGGCGAUGGAGUGGAUGAAUCUCCCAAAGCAAUUGCAUCAAUGGAAGAAGAGGCUAUUAAUUCAACUAAUUCGAAUGUGGACCUUUCGCAGAUGAAUGACAGUUCUCAAACUGUAUGCUGUAACAAAUCUAAACUAAUUUUCGGUAUAUUAACAUUACUCCGAAUAACAGAAGAUCACGCGGUCUAUAUUACGAGUAAGCUUAAACUUCGUGUUUCAGAUGUUGAAAGUGAAACGACAUUAAAAUUGGAUGAAUAUUUCCGUCUAGUUAUUUGUAAACAAGGUAAUAAUAUUCGAGUUUAUGUAAAUGGUAUAUUAGAACUAAAUGCGCUUGUUGAUGAGCAUACAUACGAUUUGAAAGAACAAUGUAUUUAUUUAUUUAAAGAAACCGAUGUUUCGAAUAAGACUGUUGGAGAUAAUGUUCGAAUUGAAUGUAAAUCAAUCACAUUUAAGAAUAAAUGUAUCGAUCAAUUGUUACCUGAAUUAAAAUCAACUGAAUAUCCGUUACAUCAGUUUGUCUCAUUACCAUUUGCAGUAUUGUCAAAUAAUUUAAUUUCAAUAGGUUAUAAAAAGCAUUGGAUAAAAUCCAUUAUGGUACAAUACGAUACAUGCAAUAUUCAAUUAAUCGAUACAUUGAUACGUCAGCAAAUGCAACAACUAUUGAAUGCAGACAAACAUCUACAACAUAAAGAUAAAGUGAAUUUAUUGUGUAGAUUAGGUUCUCACAUAGAUAAAGAAAAAUUAAAUGAUUUUACAAUGUUUUCAAAGCUUGAUACUGAUAUGGCUGACGUAUGUGUACAAAUGUUAGAACAUUGGGAUGAACUACAAAUUGAGAGCAUAUCGGCACUAAAUAUCGCGAAAGAGCCAGAUGUAGAUUUAGAAAAAUUCAUUGAUCAUGAUGAUAAUGAUACGGUUGAAUUGUACAGAGAAACAAGAUUCAAACCUGGAUGGUAUUUAAAAUGUGCAGUUAGACUAGGUAUACACGAUGAUAUAGUGGAGUGGACACAAGAUAAAACUGAGCAAACAACUAAUGAUCAGAUAGAUCCGCUUUGUAGACUCCUAGAUUUGAGUAAAUCUGAAGAAAAUGAACAAUCAAAUGAAAGUGAGAUAAAAGCGCGAUGUAAAUACACACAAAAAUUCAUUCAACACUCAAAUCAACAACUUACACGUAAACAAUAUGUUAAUUCACGUAUUGUAUCUGAAACAGGAUUAACAUCAAUAUAUGCGCGUGAUACAAUAUUGAAUAUGUUGAGAGUUUGGACUAAUAGUGGUGAUAAACCGAAUCGUUUAUUUCCACAGCAAGAAUUUGAUGAGUGGGGUUUUGUUAAAUUAUUACGAUUAAUGAGUCAUCAUUAUAUGUAUACGAGUCUUAGUUCUGAUGAAACUGUAGAUCGAAUGAAACUCUUUACGAAUUCAAUUGCUCAAUCUGAAAUCGAAGAAUUAAUAAAGCAACCGAACAAAAUCACACGUAAAAUAUUAAAAACAACAGCACCAUUGCUACAUCAUUUACAAAUAGAUAUUAUUAAACAAUGUGUUCAGUUUUCUUUGCAACCAACGUUAUUAAAAACGACAGACGAGAGAUCAGAUGAAAAAACAGUAAUUACACAACCUAAUUUAAAUUUCGUAUUACAAAUAUUGAAACUAUUUCUGGAGUUAAUUAAAAAUGCAAAGAAAAAUCAUGUAGACUGUUUAAUAUCAACUCUCUUUCCCGAACUAUUAAUUAAUUUAUUGUUUGAUUUAUUUUUAUUAGUCUCUACGCAUAAAUCAAAAGUAUUCAUUCUACAUGUAUUUACAGUACUAUGUGAGAGGGCUGAUAAUUUCAAUUUCAAUACAAAUAUUCAACAGUUUUUUAUUCACUUUCUUCAGUUUGCAACAGAUAAGAGUUUAAAUGAUAAUCUUUCAUUUAGCAGUUUACGAUUUGCAGUAAUAGAAUUAUGUUUUGUAUUAAAAUCAAAAUCAAAAGAAAAUCAACAAUUUGAAGAAAAAAUGAAUUUUGAUGAAUUAAAACAAGAUGAAACAAGUAAAGAAACAAAACAACAAUUGGAACAUGAAAAAUGCUUUAAAUACGUUGAAUCACUACGUAAUAUAUCGACAGUAAUAGAUAUAAUAAAAGCAUUAAUAGAUAAAAAAAAGCAAAUAUUAUUUCCAAAAGAAUUUAUUGCAGAGUCAAGUUCUUAUGAAGUUAAAUUUACAGAAGAAGAAAUUAACAAUUCCAAUACACUUUUCAGUAAUGCUGCAGAUAUGCAAUUAAUCGAUUUUAUGAAUAAAAAUAUUGAUAUUGAUUGGCUGCCAAUACCAAAUUCAUGUAUUGCUGAUUUUAUUACUGCGUUACCAACUGACUGUACAUCUGAUACAAAAUAUGAUACAUAUACAUUAUUAUCUAAUAUACCUGUAGUCCAUAUAAGAACACGUGCAAAACUAUUAUAUCUAUUCAAUAUUUUUAUUAUUAAAGUCUUAGAAGAUGUUGAUUUAAGUUUGCCAAGUGGUAUGAGUAUGCUUACUGAUACUAUUCGAUCAACUAAGGCAUAUAUAUUAUAUAAUACUAAAUUAGGACUUUUUAAGGAUGUAUUAAAAAAGUCAUGUCAUACCAAAAAUGUUGGAGUUAUUACAUUAGAUAUAUUGAAAGCAAAUACCUCUUCCACAUACAAAGAUACAAUAUUUUAUCAAGCUUUCAAACAGUUGAGUUCAAAUGCACAUUUAACAUUUCGAAAAUCAGAACAUGAAAGAGUAUGGAAUGUAAUAUAUACUGGAAUGUUUAGUGCUGAUCAUGGUGGCCCAUACAGAGAUUCGAUUACUACUAUGUGUAGAGACAUAUGUAGUUCUAGAUUACCAUUGUUUAUUCUAUGUCCAAAUGGACGAACAAAUAGUGGAAUAAAUCGAGAUCGAUGGAUUCCAAAUGUAUUUCCACCUCAAAUACCAAUUUCAAAUAGAAUAAAAGCUCAAUAUAUAUUUAUUGGUCAACUUAUGGGUAUGGCUAUGCGGACUAAAAAUUUAUUAAAUUUACAAUUUUCUUCACUGUUAUGGAAAUCAUUAGUGUGCGAAUCAGUCACUAUUGAAGAUAUUGAAGAAAUUGAUACACAAAGUUUUACAAUUAUAAAUGAAAUGGAAAAAACUUUGAAACAAAAAAGAACUAUCAGCGAUACGGUUGUUGACAGUGAAGACAAAUGUACAGAUGAUAAUAAUUUCUUGUUUGAUUCUAUCAUGAAUGAAUUAAAGUUUGAUAUUGUCGGUUCGGAUACAAAAACAUACGAAUUAGUGUCAGAUGGUUCAAACAUUUCAAUAACCGCAGCUAAUUAUAAAGAAUAUUGUUUAAAAUAUCGUGAAUAUCGUUUACAAGAAUUCAGUAGACAAACGAACUACAUACGACAAGGCCUUUAUAGCGUAAUCCCAUCUGCUAUACUAACACUAUUCACUGUAGCUGAAUUAGAAGACGCUGUUUGUGGUAAACCCGUCAUUGAUAUUGAUUUAUUGAGGCAACAAACAAAAUACACAUGCUCUGGCGAUGAUCAUGAUACAUCAUAUAUACAAAGAUUUUGGACUGUAUUAAAAGAGAAAUUUGAUGCAGAACAAAAGAAAUUAUUCUUAGUAUUUGUUUGGGGAAGAAGCACAUUACCUAAUCGAGCAGAAGAUUUUCAAUCCAGCUUUACAAUUGAUAGAUUAACUACAGUUGAUAAUGUUGAUCAAGCAUUACCAGUACAUGUGUUUGUAUCUGUUGUAGUGUCUCAUACGUGUUUUUUUACUCUUGAUUUACCCCCUUAUUCAACAACUGAAAUAAUGUAUGAACGUUUAAAUUAUGCAAUUACGCAUUGUUCGGGUAUCGAUGCUGAUCACGAAAUGAAUGAAGCUGAUAACAGAAUCACAAUGCAACAAGAUUCAGAUGACGAAGAAAAUUAA